GUAAGAGGCGGGCGCGUUGUAGGCCUGGUUUUUAGGUUUGGUUGCUGAGCCCGGCUGUUGGUGGCUCUCUGCAUGCUGACAAGGAAGAAACACGUGUGAACAAAAACCUAACGUCCACCCCAGUCUGAGAGAGUAAUUAUCUGUUGUUUGCACAAUGUUGCGCUACUUUCAGAGUGCCAAUACACCCUGCUGUUUGAGGUGACUUAACUGCCGAUCAGAGGAGACCACACACAACCACACCUCUUCUACAAGCAGACUUCUCUACCGGAUGGUUUUGGAUACUAUGUGGAAGCGGAGAACUUUUUACGUUUGGCAUUUUUAAACGGGAUGGAUUUUGAGAACACAUAACUUGGAUAUACGUUUUGUAUUUUUGCUGUUGGGAUUUUUUCCCCCCCUUUAAGUGGAGUUCAUCAAGUUUGAAGCUUGCUUCUGGAAGGGAACUGACUUCAAGAACUAAAAUGGACCAAGCCAGCGGUGGGGAGGAUCCCAACAAGCCCUCUAAAAAGAAGUCCAGUGAGGAUGAGGGUAAAAACAAAAAGCUGAACAUACACAUUAAAACACUGGCUGAUGAUAUGCGUGAUCGUAUAACAAGUUUCAGGAAAACUGGGGCAAAGAAGGAGAAGCCUCUUAUUCAGCACCCAACUGAUCCCAUCUCUACCCAAGUCGAACUCCCUCAGCCACAGCCUUUCUUUGACGAGAGAUCCAUGAACCUUUCAGAAAAAGAAAUAGUUGACCUCUUUGAGAAGAUGAUGGAGGACAUGAACCUCAAUGAGGAUCGUAAAGCCCCUCUGCGUGGGAAGGAACUGAGCAUCAAACGUGAGAUGGUGGUCCAGUACAUCUCGGCCACUGCCAAAUCUAUAACUGGGAGCAAAGUUGGGGGUGGGCUACGUAACAGCAAGCAUGAGUGCACCCUUUCGUCCCAAGAAUACGUCCAUGAGCUGCGAUCUGGCAUCAUGGACGACAAGCUGCUCAACUGCCUGGAGUCCCUCAGAGUGUCCCUCACCAGUAACCCUGUCAGUUGGGUCAACAACUUUGGCCAUGAAGGUCUUGGCCUUCUUCUGGAAAAUCUGGAGAAACUUCUGGACAAGAAGCAGCAAGAGCAUAUUGAUAAACGCAUCCAGCAUAAGCUAAUCCAGUGCUUAAAGGCUUUCAUGAACAACAAGUAUGGACUGCAAAGGAUCCUGGGAGACGAGCGGAGCUUGUUGCUGUUGGCAAGAGCAAUCGACCCCAAACAGACCAACAUGAUGACGGAGAUUGUCAAAAUUCUCUCAGCUAUCUGCAUUAUUGGCGAAGAAAACAUCCUCGAUAAGAUUCUGGCUGCCAUGACAAUUGCUGCAGAGAGGAACAAUAAAGAGAGAUUUGCUCCAAUUGUGGAGGGAAUGGAGAACCACGAGGCCCAGCAGCUCCAGGUCGCCUGUAUGCAGCUGAUCAACGCCCUGGUCACUUCGCCUGACGACCUGGACUUCCGGAUACAUCUACGCAACGAGUUCCUCAGAUGCGGCUUAAAGAAGAUCCUUCCUGAGAUAAAAAAGACGGAGGAGCUGGACAUUCAGCUGAAGGUGUUCAAUGAGAACAAAGAUGAAGACGCCAUCGAACUCUCCCAUCGCCUGGACGACAUCCGUGCUGAGAUGGAUGAUAUGAAUGAAGUGUACCAUCUCCUGUCAAAUAUGGUGAAAGACACCGCCUCGGAGACCUACUUUCUGUCAAUCCUUCAGCACCUAUUGCUUAUCAGGAAUGACUAUUACAUCAGACCUCAGUACUACAAGGUGAUCGAGGAAUGCGUGUCUCAGGUGGUUCUGCAUCGCAGUGGGACGGACCCUGACUUUGGCUACAGUAAACGAUUGGAUGUGGACUUCACUCAGCUUAUUGAUCAGUGUGUGGAUAAAGCCAAAGUUGAAGAGAGUGAACAGAAGGCUGUAGAGUACUCCAAAAAGUUUGAUGAGGAGUUCAGCGCACGGCAGGAGGCCCAGGCCGAGUCCCAAAAAAAGGAGGAAAAGAUCAAGGAGCUGGAGUCAAAAAUCCAAACUCUGGAGACACAGAUUGCUGCAGGCCCAGCUGCGCCUGGAGCACCACCUCCUCCACCGCUACCUGGAGGUGCAGCACCUCCACCUCCGCCUCCUCCUCCACCCCCGCCUGGUGGCUGUCCACCCCCUCCGCCUCCUCCUCUGCCUGGCCACGCGUCUAUGCCCCCUCCACCUCCUCCACCCCCAGGGGGAGGACCUCCGCCACCCCCACCGCCCCCAGGUUGUGGGGCCCCACCUCCUCCUCCGUUUGGGGGCUUUGGUGGUCCUCCUCCUCCUCCUGGGUUACCCGUUGUUAAGCUGCCUUAUGGACUGGAGCCAAAGAAGACUUACAAGCCUGAAACUGUGAUGAAGAGGGUCAACUGGUCCAAGAUAGUGCCUCAGGAAAUGGCAGAGAAUUGCUUCUGGAUCAAAGUCAAAGAAGAGAAGUUUGAAAACCCUGACCUAUUUGCUCAGCUCUCCCUGUGCUUCUCCUCACAGAGUAAAGUGAAAAAAGAUGUAAGUGAUGAGACCGAUGACCGAGUACCACAGUUCAAGAAGAAGGCAAAGGAACUUCGUAUCUUGGAUGCCAAGACGGCACAGAACCUCUCAAUUUUCUUGGGCUCGUUCCGCCUGCCUUAUGAAGAGAUCCGGGACAUUGUGCUGGAGGUAGACGAGGAAAGACUGAGUGAAUCACUCAUCCAGAACCUAAUAAAGAACUUGCCAGAGCAGAAAGAACUGAGUGCUCUAGCGGAACUAAAAGGUGAAUACGAGGAGCUUGUGGAGUCAGAGCAGUUCGGUAUUGUGAUGAGCUCAGUAAAGCUGCUGCGACCACGUCUCAAUGGCAUUUUGUUCAAGCUGACUUUCGAGGAGCAGGUGAACAACAUCCGACCAGACAUCAUGAAUGUGACGUUCGCCUGCGAGGAGGUGAAGAAGAGCGAAGGCUUCCGCAAACUCCUGGAGUUUGUGUUGCUGGUCGGCAAUUACAUGAAUGCUGGCUCAAGGAACGCACAGACGUUUGGUUUCAACGUCAGCUUCCUGUGCAAGCUACGAGACACUAAAUCCAUCAGUCACAACACAACACUUCUCCAUUUCCUGGCUGAGAAGUGCGAAGAGAAUCACCCAGAGAUUUUGAAGUUUCCAGAUGAACUGGAGCAUGUGGAGAGUGCCAGCAAAGUGUCUGCUGAAAUUCUAAAGGGCAGUCUGACCACAAUGGAGAAGCAGAUUCAGCGCCUGGAGAACGAUAUCGAGAACUUCCCCAAAACGGACGACCUCCAAGAUAAGUUUGUGGAAAAGAUGUCCGGCUUCUCCAAACAUUCUCGGGAGCAGUAUGAGAAGCUGUCCACCAUGCACAAGAACAUGCAGAAGCUGUACGAGAGCAUCGGCAGCUACUUCGCAUUCGACCCCCACUCAGUCAGCGUGGAGGAUUUCUUCGGAGAGCUGGCCAACUUCCGCUUCCUCUUCGUGGAAGCCGUGAAGGAGAACCACAAGAAGAGGGAGAUGGAGGAGAAGAUCAAGAGAGCCAAGCUGGCGAAGGAGAAAGCUGAGCGAGAGAAGCAGGAGCGUCAGCAGAAGAAGAAGCAGCUGAUUGACAUGAACAAAGAAGGGGAUGAAACUGGUGUGAUGGACAGUCUAAUGGAAGCUCUGCAGUCUGGAGCAGCUUUCCGUGAUCGGCGAAAACGAACACCACGAAAUGGUGAUCAAAGCCCUUCCAGUCCAGCCUCUCGGUGGCCGGGUGCUAACUAUGGUAACAGAACUCUAGAUGGGUUUCUGUCUCUGGCUCAGGUCACUGUUGCCCCAGGGCAGAUUACAACAGAUGGGAGCUGGGAUGCUACUUGAGAUUUCCAACAAACAACCGCCGUGCAGCCCUCGAAAGGUCUCGCUCACGCCACAACCCAAAUCACCAAGCUCGAUGAUUACCCGCGUCUACUACAAGACCCUAGAUAAGUGCCAAAGAGGCCUGCGAUGAUGAGGAGGAGGAGAAGACGAGGAAGACAUCAGGAGGGAUAGACCACCUCCCUCACUGUGGCUUACCCAGCACCAAGUAUAGAAAACUGCCUACAGAAUGGAAUAACCAGACAUUUAUAGUCUUUAUUGGACACUCUACAUAUUUAUUGUAUGCUUUUUUUUUAUUGCUUAAAGAUUUAUUUUGCUUUUGGAACUGAAAAAUUUUAAAAAGCUGUUCAUUUCCAGGUUUAAACGUAUAUUUUAAUCCAAAAGCUUCAAUUAACUCACAGUUUUGACAGGAGAAACAUAACAGUAUGCUGCAGAGAGACAUUCAGCCAAGAUGGACUUCUGAAAACUGCAUGCUUGUGUGGCGGAACAUGGACAGCUGUCCUUUAAAUGGAAACUACAAGACUUAAAGGAAGAGAGGACAGAGUAAUAUUAUCACAUUUAAGGUCCUUUGUUCAGAAAUAAUCACGUCUUCACACUCCAACAAAGCCACAGGAGGUGGCGGCUGUCUGCACCAACACAGAGCACGUGACUCACUGACAUUCAAACUGCAAGACAUUUUAGUUGAUUUAAUGUUGUGUUGUGUAAUCUCACUUUCACCCUUCCGGUGCCGAUUUGUGUCCCGAGGUUAGUUUUGCUGUUACCAUUAGAGGCUGACAUUUUUAAAUGCAUCCAGGUCUCUGUCAGGGACAAAACAUGAACACUCAGACCUCUCGUUAGGUCACACAGGGUUUCAACACGGCACGCCUCAAUGUUUAACAGGUAUUAUAUGUUUAUGGCACUUUUCCAACAACAAGGCAAAAAAACAGCUGGAGUGUGGGGGGGAAAAGUUUUGAAAAUUGAGAUGCUAAACUAUGACUGCUCCCUUAGAUACUAAACUAUACUCCUGUAGAAUGCACUUCUAAUCUUAUGUGAGCACCAGAACAACAAUCUUCACACUGGAAGAAACCAGCCAGUUUCAGUAACUCUGAGGUGUUUGAAAAUGAAGUUACAAAACAUGGAAGAAACUUAAAAAAAUAAAAAUAAAAUGUAGUUGUUUUUUUUUGUUUUGUUUUUUUUGUUACAUUUCUAAUAAAUGGCUUGUACUUGUAUACCGCUUUAUCAAGUCUAGAGGCUCAAAUCGCUUCACACUACAGUCAGUCAUUCACCCGUUCACACACACUGAUGGCGGCAAGCUACUGGAUAGUAGCCACAUCUGCCCACAGGCUGAGGGUUGCCGGGGAUCGAAUACAGAUUGUGGGGCGAACUCCUACCACCAUCAUCACCAUCAUCCACGCCAAAUGAUCAUGACAGAACGGCCCCUCUAGAGUUAAGGCUCCCACAUACUCGGCCGUACUGUCGACAAGCAUCAUGUGUAACAAUUUCCUUAAUUUCCCAACAGUUUUUGUUUCUUCAUAUUCCCUCAUUAAUGCAACAUACUAUAUUUCUUAUCUCUUCUGUUGGACACUCUUCAUAUUCUGACUCAACUUUGUCCCCAAGUUGACAUCGGCUUCCAACCUCAUCAGCUCACCGUCACAUUUAAAACCGUUCGAUGUGAACGAACUCUGUGCGACAGGAAGUACACACAAGUAUGUGGGAGCCUUCAUCAUUAAUCUAUAAUCAUAGCAUUUUACAUUUGACUUUAUGGAUUUAUUUUCUAAUUUUGUAUGAUGUAAAAACGAUGUCAUGACCAAACUCAACCCUGAGUAAAUGCUGCCUCCGGGGUCCACACCGCCUUUUUUUUGUUUUCACCAAAUACAUCACAGGCCAUUUAUGAUUACAGUAAUAUCCUGGGUAAUUUGUAUUUUCAAAACACAUAAUAUAACCUAACUAUAAUUUUUUGUGUAAUUUCUUAAGUAUAGAAAACAUUUCUCUGUGUAGGGCAUCAAACUGUGCUCCAACACAAGGACCAAUGUCUUCUUUAAUCAUUUACUGCAGCUAUUUAACUCUUCUAAGAGUGGAUUUAUUUCUUAUAAAAUAAUGGCCACACUCUGGAGAAUUUCCCUUUUUUUGUGUUUUUUUGAAACGCUAGGGAUGUUUCUGAGAAAUAGUUUAAUGUUAAGACAGUUUCCUUUCUAUCUCUCAAACAGAAAUGAGAAUAGGCAGGUUUCCAGAAAUCAAUCGGUGCACGGAUACUUCUGCUGGAUCGCCGGCACCGUUUGUGCUUUCCUCUUAUGAGAGACUGUGGGUUCAUUCCUUUGCAAGGACCUACUUUCAUAUUUCAAUGUAAACUAUUUAUUCAUAUAUUCAUGCUAAGGGCGGCUCUGUCCCCCUCACUUCACUAGACUGUAAGCAGAUGCUACUAAAAACAACCAUUAAAUCCACACGGAGACGGGGCAUGACCAGAAUUACAGACGGAGGGCCACAGCAGGCCGGAUGAUGCUCGUCUUAGCGAGCGAGUCUCCAACUGCCUUCCGGUUAUUGAGCACUAAUGACAUAAGUGACCCUUUUACCAUGACACAAGUUACUUUAGCAGCAGCAUAACUUUCCUUUGGGCUUCGUGUGUCUGCGCGCCCCAUGCCACCUCAGUAAUCCGAACAGGAACCCGGGGAAAAUGGGAUGCAGUGGUCUCGACUUCUGGGCUGAAUAGAGGGAGGUUUUUCAUUUAAACAAUCUGCCAGUGCUGCUUGUGAUGCGUCUGUUUCACGGAGCCUCCCCUCCCUCUGCCCGCGCGCAUCUAAAAAAUGCAAUUUUACACAUCAUCUCGGCUCGAGGUGCGCCCACAACGCUCCGCGAAGUCUGCAUAUUUAAGAAGACAAUAACUCUGAGCUGAAUAUCAGGUUGGAGCCGUCACAGAGCAAAAGCGUUGAGAAUGAGUUUUCUGGAUAAGGGACUCUGCGGUGGCGGCAGUUUUGAGGACGUGUUGUACACAGCAGUGAUAGAGAUGCGCUGUCAAAAGAAGUGAUUUCCUCUCUGUAAUCGCUUCUCACCGUUUGUUCCUCGCAACACCACAUCUGGGCAAUUUUAAGCUUCGAAUAAGACCUGGUUUUGUUUUUUUAGAUCAGUCCUCCAGCAACACAGAUCUGCCAUGAUAUUGGAUGUUUAUCUGCAAAAACACACAGGUUUUUGCAUUUUGAUUAGUCAGUUUGGCUCAAAAACUUAUUUAACCCUGAAAGUUCUUUUCAAUUAGCCUUUAAGCUGUACAGAUAUCUUAAAAAGUCUUAUUUUGGUCAAUAUUGAUGACCAGUUUUUAAGGUAGAUUUGUUGUGAUUUUAAGUUAUGUAUUUAUCAUCUAAAAAACAUUUUUAAACAAGUAGAGUAAUUAAUAGUUAUUGUAAUAGUUUCCUGCAAACAAAAACAGCUUCACAAACCGAAAGCUGAGAAAAUUUGACAUCCUGCAGGACAAAAAAACGAUUCUAAACGUCAAAUUAAGAGAUUCCUACAAGAAAACAUCCCUCAUCGUAGCUGUGAUUGUUGUCUCCUCAUCCCAUCGUGUUUUAAUAGAAAGUAAUAGCUGGAGCCUUUCAGGUUGAGAAGCCUGAACUGAUCCAUUAUAGUCGUGUGAAAAUCAGCCAAUCAUACCUUCAUCUUUGUGCUUGUUACUAACAAACCUCAGCUGAUGAUGAUAACCUUUGGGUAUUUAUGACACCAGAGAUGUUUCACAUUUAAAACCACAAACUUCAGAGCAUUUCAUUGGAAUUGUUACUUUUUUUAAAAAAUAAACAAAUAAAAAAAACUGUGAUACAGUAAGAACAAAAUUUACACAUAAAAUAAUAUAAUGUUUUCAAAAAUAAUCCGAUCCAAAGACUCUAACAAAAGGAAUAUGUGCAAUUGGCUAAAUGAAGAUAAAACUGUGCAAAUACCAGAAGGGACGUUUCCUCUGGUUACAGUAUCUCAAAUUUAGAACUUUUUAAAGACAAAACGUGAAUUAAAUCACGACAGAAACGGUCAAAAGACGAUAAAUUAGUAAAUAACCUUGAUAGCCAGCAGCUAUCAAGGUUAAAUUAGCAGAGCUAGUUAGCGUUAGCUUCAACUACCUCGAGUCACAAAACGCAGUGAAGAUGUUUAUGACUCAAACUUUAGCCUGACAGAAAAAAGUACCGCUUGAAAAAAUAAUAUACGAUUAAAUAGUCCUGCCAUGAUAAAGACCUGUAAUUAACAUAUUUAAAGUAAACUUGUUUUUUUUUUAUUAUUUAUUUAUUUACAACAUUUUAAGACCUUAAAUUUAAGACUUUUUAAGGAUGCCCUGCUUUUGGUAGCAGUGACUGGUGUAGAAGGAAGGAUCUGUAAUAAUGCUAAUUGGUUUUGUAUUUAGGGAAACACUUUUAAAUACAACUGAUUGCAAAAAAUUGCCUUCAAAUAUAUAACACACCAAAUAGGUGGCAGCAUCAUGCCAUGGGGAUGCUUUUCUUCUAAGGAAAAUACAUGAGACGCUACAAAAGAGUUGAAACUGUGAUUUAAAUCCAUAUAUCAACUUUCAUAAAUACGCACUAGUAUGUUAUAUUGGCUUAUCACAUAAAAUCCUAUUUAAAUGCAACAAAGUUUGUGGUUUUAAUGUGAUGAAUUGUGAAUAAAUUCAAGGGGAAUAAACAGUUUUACAAGCCACUGAGUGCUGAUGGUUCUCAUACUAGUGAGGAGGCAGGGGUAUGAAGUGCAAAGGUUAACUUUAAGGCUCCUAAUCACUCACUGACUUUACAAGAUAUUCUGCGCAGACAAAGGAAAGAUUUGUUCCAAGAUUUGUAAAGGCAACAUUGCUGCUAACAGAGUGAACUAUUUGCUAAGCAUCUCUUCUGGUAAACAGUUACCAGCUGCCACAUAUCCACUUCUAUCCACUUCUUCCCACUUUGAUAGACUUUGCUGGUGAUUUGAUGAAGUUCAGCUGCGGCUGAAUCAACAAGCAAAGCUUAUUUUUGUUGACUAACCCUGUUUGACCAUGAUGUGUAAGCUGCCAUAUCCCUGCCUACCUUCCUUUUAUUUGUCACCAAGUAUGUUUUAUUGUCUUAAGAAACAUUUAUAUUUUUAACAUUUUGAGGUUAUUUGUAUGCUUAGAACUUGGGGAAAACAAAAUGGUUAUGAAUACUGUCCUUCCAUGGAAUAUGUAAUGGAGAAUGGUACAAAUUAAUAACCACUUUGUUAUUAAAACUGAUUUCUGAAAACUAAAA